GCUGCUAUGUUUGAGAGGCGUGUCCUCAGGUGAGAAGGUGUACGCACGGGGAAGUAAACGCAAGAAUCUCAAUCUGCGCUACUUGAGAGUGUGGCGGUGAUAAACAGCUCGUGUGGACGGUAUGACCACACUGACGAAGCGGAACCGGCGCGUGGAGGCUCCAGCGGAGCAGAAUGAGGGCAGAAGAGAUCCUGAUGAUGAUGAUGAUGAGGAGGAGGAGGACACAGACUCUAAAUCACUGAGACUCACACUGAUGGAAGAAGUCCUGCUGCUGGGAAUCAAAGAUAAAGAGGGCUACACAUCAUUCUGGAAUGACAGCAUCUCAUCGGGACUGCGGAGUUGUAUGAUGGUGGAGCUGACGCUGCGUGGACGCAUUCAUCUGGAACCUCAGAGCACACGCAGGAGGAAGCUGCUGGACCGCAGGGUCCUGGUGAAGUCAUCUGCACCCACCGGUGAUGUUCUGCUGGAUGAAGCUCUUAAAAUCAUGAAAGAAACAGAGCCGGCAGAGAAUGUCGCCAACUGGAUUGAACUUCUCACAGGUGAGACGUGGAACCCGCUGAAGAUGCACUUUCAGAUCCGUAACGUUCGUGAGCGUCUGGCUAAGAAUCUGGUGGAGAAAGGCGUUCUGAGGACAGAGAAGCAGAACUUUCUGUUGUUUGAUAUGACCACGCAUCCUGUAACCGACGGCAACGAGAAGACACGUCUGGUGGAGCGGCUGCAGGAGAGUCUUCUGGAGCGCUGGACCAACGAUUCUCGUCGGAUGAAUCACAGAAUGCUGGCGCUCAUCGUUCUGGCUCACAUGGCAGACGUGCUGGACAACGCUCUGUUGGCUCUUCCAGACGAGCGCUACGACAGCGCCUUCUCUCGUUCCAGGAGUCUGCUGGACGCCGAUCCUGACACGGAGAGCGCUAAGGUCACGACCAUGGCGGAGGAGAUGAUCUGGGCCGUGCUGGCAUCUUUCAAUAAAUCCUGAGAGACCCUCGACCCUGCAGCAGAGACUGGAUCACGUGACCUCACCGAGUCAUGUGUUUGAAGAUUCACAAUCACCACCUGCAACUUCAAUCAGUUAUACACACUCUCUUCCCUCAUCCUGACGUCAUCUGAUCGGCUUUUAAAUGCCUGAAGAAGGGCUGUGGUUAAAGGAGUGGUUCACUUCAAAAUGAGUCAUUUUUAUUCCUACUAUGGAAAGUCAAUUUGGGCCAAAGUGAACUUUUCCUUCAACAUAAACUCAAGGGCCUGGUUUCACAGCCUAUGUCUUUGUCUAAUUAAAAUAUUGAUGUCUCUUUUAUAAAAAUGCCUUAAAAGAAUCCAUUACUGCUGUGCAGACAAAACAAUGUCACUGAUAUACAUUACAAGGCAAGUUAUAUUCAGUUAAGUCAGUUACAUUUUUUUCUAACCCUAAAUCAGCAUGAAAUUAAAAAUGUCAAGUCAAAUUUAUUUGCACAGUGUUGCAGUAUUCAAAAUAAAUUAUUUUUCCGUGCUCAU